GCGGUCGACGGUUUCAUGCGGCCGCACCAGUUACACUUUUGACGGUCGUUCGCGGUGUUGGACGCGAUGGCGGCGACAGACACCCACGAGACGUUGGAAGAGCACAUGCAGCUGCAACGCGUGUUUCGCAUCUUGACGAUCGACAUCCCGGACAAGCGUCUGGCUCGAAAGUUGCAGGCAGUCGAGGCCAAGCUCGCCGAGCUCUACCACGGAUCACUGAGCAACACGUCGUUGGAUGGCAAUGCGCACGAUCGAAACCCGCGCGAAACGAAGCGACUGGAAGACAUCAAGGCAGCAUACGUGGCCGAGCGCAACAAGUUGCACGGUACCCAAGACGAAUGGCCCACGACGCAUCGAAUCACCAAGGACGUGCUGGCGGACGUCCUCGAGAGACUUGGGAUGCCGUUGAGUCCGAACGAAGUCGACGAUCUUGUGUGGGAAGUCAACGACGGCUUGGAUGGCGCCGUGUCGUGGGACGAGUACAACCGGUCGUUCCUUCGUUGCAAGCACGACAAGACGUACCUCGAGCCGACGUUGCUCUUCCACAUGACGUGCUUCAUCAUGUACGACCGCGAGUGCACCGGCAAGGUCCGAUAUGCAGACGAGUCUUUCGGAGUGGCUCUCGUUCAUCGCGGUGCAGGUAUCGAUGGAUGACGCAAUGCACAUGCUGUUCCUCAAGUACGGCAACCACAUGGAAGCGGAAAUGGAAGCGCUAUUUGGCAAGCAGCUGCGCGACGACGAGUUUGUCCUGACGCUCACGUUUUCCCAGGCAGUGUUGAUGGGUCGUUCUGCAUGACUCAAAACGCCUUGUUCGUUUUGUAGUACGUCGAAGCGCUCGAGCGGCGUCGCAUUGACCAGAUCGAUCAAUUGGGGCUCUUGGGCAAAGUGGGGGCGAAACGACAAGCCAAGGCCACUCAAGCGCUACCUCCCCCUCAUGAUGCUGCCACGAAUGCACAUUAGAAUGGUCCGCGACAUGCAAUGACAUCGAAGCAAACGGAUUGCAAUCAUCCGAGACACCCCAAACCAACCUAACAUGGACUCGCACGAGGUCGUGGACGCAAACGCGGCACAUAAAUAGUUUGGGACGAGCACAUAUUUUUUCCACAAAGUUGGUGGCCGGGAAUGCCGAGCUCACAAAGAUGUAAGCGAAUGAUGCUGCAAUGUAUUGUGCUAUGCAUGCCAUCUCUUUACCUCGAA